GCCGGUCAAAAAAACUUAGGGCUCAACCCACAGCGAAAAUUGAGGGACAGCACUCAACGCCAACUUUGGUGCAUCGCGACGACAAUCUCACAGAUAGCCAGCCCGCCUCGACCCUUUUGCUCGCCCAACCCCACGCCAAACCGACCGGUCGAUCCAAAUCAAAACAUCCGUCAAGAUGGCUCACCCAGGAACCCAGAUCUCCAAGCGCAGAAAGUUCGUCGCUGACGGUGUCUUCUACGCCGAGCUGAACGAGUUCUUCCAGCGCGAGCUCGCUGAGGAGGGUUACUCCGGCGUCGAGGUCCGCGUCACGCCCACCGUCACCGACAUCAUCAUCCGCGCCACCCACACUCAGGAGGUUCUUGGCGAGCAGGGUCGCCGCAUCCGUGAGCUCACCUCGCUCAUCCAGAAGCGCUUCAAGUUCCCCGAGAACUCCGUCUCCCUGUACGCCGCCAAGGUCCAGAACCGUGGUCUGUCCGCCGUCGCUCAGUGCGAGUCCCUCCGCUACAAGCUUCUCAACGGUCUCGCCGUCCGCCGUGCCUGCUAUGGUGUCCUCCGCUUCAUCAUGGAGUCUGGCGCCAAGGGUUGCGAGGUCGUCGUCUCUGGCAAGCUCCGUGCUGCCCGUGCCAAGUCCAUGAAGUUCACCGACGGCUUCAUGAUCCACUCUGGUCAGCCCGCCAAGGAGUUCAUUGACUCUGCCACCCGCCACGUUCUCCUCCGCCAGGGUGUCCUGGGUAUCAAGGUCAAGAUCAUGCGCGGCUCUGACCCCGAGGGCAAGGCCGGUCCCCAGAAGACUCUCCCUGACGCCGUCACCAUCAUCGAGCCCAAGGAGGAGCAGGCUGUUCUCCAGCCCGUCAGCCAGGACUACGGUGCCAAGGCUGCCGCCGCUCAGGCUUCCCAGGACGUCCGGGCCCAGGAGGGUGAGGGCGAGGAGCAGCAGCAGGCCGAGGCUGAGGAGCAAUAGAAUGAAAUCGCCGAGGAGCCGCAGACUGAAGAGGAAGCUUGGUGAAUGUCCGGCGGGACGAUGGUAUGUCCACCGAGGAGGGCGGUGUGGUCUGCCUCUGUGGUGUCCAUCAAUCAUUUGCAUCUGGGUUUUAGGCGCUGGAUGGGGUUCAAUUACAUGCGAUGGUAAAAGGCCAUGAAAAUGAGACCCGAAUGAUGACGCAAAAUCAAUUUACUUUGUCCGAUCAACGCACAAAAUAUGGGAAAUGUGUAGCAUCAUGUCUAUCUCCUCGUAAGUACUGUCCCAGACGUGCUCUUGGGGAAUAAAACAACACUCCCCAAUACGUGGACUAAGCCUUCCCCCGGGAUAUCUGCUCGAGUAACUGCCAAACCCGUCACGACCAUGCCUCGAGGCCGUCCAUUUCCAU